GAGAAACGCGCAAACUACAAAUAUAGAGCAGGCGUCGUCAGGGUAGGGAUCGAGCCCACGACCUCCUGUAUACCAGGCGAGGUAGUUAACAUCUCCAAGCCACCGCGUCACCGAUGGUGUGGGUUGUUGUAUUUUGAGACCAACGGUGUUGUUGACGAGUGUGUUUUUUUGCUGCUGCUGCCAAUACAGCAGCAGCAGCGCCACCAACUAAUUUGUUUGAACCAGGCCAGGGGCUCUUGUUCCGUGGCUCUCGCGUUAUUCCAGGGACGGAAGGGACCUCGGGGAUGGUCCCGAAGUGCCACCCCCCGCCCCCGCCCGCUAAUGAGCCGCACCAGGGCGCCUGCGCGAGACGGGCGCGAUUCAAGUUCCACCGCCUCGCGGCGCCAACAUCGCUCCGGAUGACGGUGACAUAGGAGACGCUCCACCCUGAACAACGACGGGAGGGGUGACAUUGGGCGGUUUUUGCGGCCCAGCGGUGGCGCGUUCGCCCUUCGUGAUAAAAGCUUCGCGGUUCGACUUCGAGCUGCCGUCCUGGUUAUCACUGCGGGUGUCUUCACAGUAACAAAAAAACUACUACGCGUCAUCUGCUUCACGGUGUUACGUCAGAGAUCCCUGGCGGUCAUUCGUAAGAGUUGGCCAUUACGUACCGGCGUCAGGGCCCAAUUUCGCAAAAUUAGAAAAUGACUCUGAUUAUACUUGGCAUUACACACUGGAGCAAUCAUCGCGCCCCUACUGUUGGAAGGCUAUUGCCCGUUUUGCAGGCCUGGCGCCGAGUUACCUUGUGGCCACAGGGACAGCUGCCACUUGGGGUGCCCUUUUUAACGCGUUGAGAUGAGAUUUAAAGCGCUCUGAAACGCCCCCAGUAGACAGGAAGCGUUAUAACAAAAACAAAUCGUCACUGUUAUUAUUAUUAUUAUUUGCGUGGCCCACGAUGUGACUCAGUGGAGGCCCGUGAAUAUUUGCACGACAUACCCCGUGGUGUGGGCCAUGGGUGACUUGUUCCUUGAGACUGAUCGUGAGAUGACCAGUGAGAUAGCAUGGGAAGUAGCACAGAGGUGCCCGUGCUGCGAUGGCCCAUUAAGUGGCCCAUCGAUAAGAUGGCUUCUAAGAUGGUCCGUGAGAUGAUUUCGUGAUAUGCUAUGGAAGGGGACCCCGUGGCACAUGACCCCGUGAUACGGUCCAUUUUCAAAACCAGUGAGAAUGUCCCUGGGAUUGUAUGGGCUCAUUAUAUGGCCUGUGUUACUUCUUCUUCCGGUGUAUACGGCUAGAUGAUGUGUGAGAAUCUAAACUUGAAUAUCGAUGGUGUGUGAGGUGGCCCAUGAGAGAGUCCCGUGGGAGUAAUCUUUAAGAUGCCCCAGGGAGCGUCCGCGACCAUGAGAUGGGGCACUGCGGCCGCGCGUUCGUAUUGAUCCUCGGAGCUGACUGCCGCGGUCGAAUUUAAUGUUCGCGACUUACCCGAGCCCGCCGCCUUCACUCCUCGUUGCCUGGCUUCUCGCACGGAGGAGCACGGAGGAGCACGGAUGAGCACGGAGGAGCACGGAUGAGCACGGAGGAACACGGAGGAGCACGGGUCCUCGCGUCAGAUCUCCUCCUACUGCUCGUCCUCCCGAGAGCGCGAUCUCAUCGACGGGGUCGCCCACCACCCAGUUCCGCUGCUGGCUGGGAAGCAGCAGCAGCAGCAACAGCAGCUUCACUUAUUGGGGGGGGGGGGGCGGUCGGGAGUCGGACGGGGGAGCCGUGAUUCGAUAAAAACGCACUCCGCUUAAUAACUUCGCAAGGACAUCAUUAUUGCGCCAAAAAUUCAAUUAUUACUGUUAAUUGCAAAACAUGUGAAUAGUGUUUCCAUCAGGGCGCACCGCGUGACUUCGUUCAGCUCCAGGCGAGAGCCGUCACCCCUCUCACCACCCGCCCCUCCCGCCCCCCAAGACUUCCCGUCAUUCCCGGCACCGCCCCCCUCUGCCCCACUCUUCCCACCGCCUGACAUCCCCCCCCCGCCGCCCCGGCUUCCUUCGGCACCCUCAAUCUUCCCUGCGCUCCCCUCCCUCGUGGUAGAGGCAGCUCGCACGCAGCAGCAGCAGCAGCGAGCGCCCGACGCGGAACUCGGAGGCGCCGAUCGGGGCACAGCGACCGCGCGGGGAUCGUUCUUUGCUUCGCUCGUGCCGUGCCGUGCGUCAUUCCUCUCGUCGGCAUCUCACCGCGAUGCGGCGCCUCCCCACCCGUGAGCGGCGCGGUACGGUGCGACCGCAUUCAGCAGCAUAAGUUUCACCGGGCCCCGUGCUGCCCGAGAGACGGGGUGCGGGGGGCGCGGGCGGGCGCCCCGAGCGGCGGCGGCGGCUGCGUCAGGGAGCGCUGGGCUCGCGCGCCGCGGCUCUCCUCGGCGAGGCGAUGUCCGCCUUCCGUAGGAAGCCGCAGGGGGACGAGUACUGCGUGGUGGCCAGCGUGGUGGGCGGCACGGCGGCCGCGUCGGGGCACGGCUUUCGCCUGGGCACCAACAAGAAGCGGCAGCGCUUCGUGCAGAAGAACGGCCGCUGCAACGUGCAGCACGGGAACGUGAACCGCGAGGCGUUCCGCUACCUGUCCGACAUCUUCACCACCCUGGUGGACCUCAAGUGGCGCUGGAACCUGUUCAUCUUCAUCCUCACCUACACCGUGGCGUGGCUGGUCAUGGCAGCGUUGUGGUGGGGCAUCGCAUACGUGCGCGGCGACCUGGACCUGGGCCACGAGCAGGGCUACGUGCCGUGCGUGGCCAACGUGCACAGCUUCCCGUCGGCAUUCCUCUUCUUCAUCGAGACGGAGGCGACCAUCGGCUACGGCUUCCGCUACAUCACGGAGAAGUGCCCCGAGGGCAUCGUCCUCUUCCUCUUCCAGUCGCUGCUCGGCUCCAUCGUGGACGCCUUCCUCGUGGGCUGCAUGUUCAUGAAGAUGUCGCAGCCCAAGAAGCGCGCCGAGACGCUCAUGUUCAGCGAGACGGCGGUCGUGUCGAUGCGCGACGGGCAGCUGUGCCUCAUGUUCCGCGUGGGCAACCUGCGCACGAGUCACAUGGUGUCGGCGCAGAUCCGCUGCAAACUCCUCAAGUCCCGCCAGACGGCCGAGGGAGAGUUCCUGCCGCUCGAUCAGCUGGACCUGGACGUGGGGUUCGGCACGGGCGCCGAUCAGCUGUUCCUCGUGUCGCCGCUCACCAUCUGCCACGUGGUCAACAGCAAGAGCCCCUUCUUCGAGCUGUCGAAGCGCGCCCUGCAGCAGACCGAGCAGUUCGAGAUCGUGGUGAUCCUGGAGGGCAUCGUGGAGACCACGGGGAUGACGUGCCAGGCGCGCACCUCGUACACGGAGGACGAGGUGCUCUGGGGACACCGCUUCCUGCCCGUGAUGUCGCUCGAGGACGGCUUCUUCCGAGUCGACUACUCGCAGUUCCACGCCACCUUCGAGGUCCCCACGCCCGCCUCCAGCGUUCGCGAGCAGGAAGAACGCUCCGCCUCGUCCCUCGAGUCGGCGUUCGCCGCGUCCCGCGACCUCCGCUCCCCACUCUCCCCGCGCUCCCUCCCGGCCCUCUCCCCCGGCCGAAGGAAUGAGUGCGCGGUCGACGCCGUCUCGGGGAGAUCGUGGGGAGCCCCGCACCCCGCGGCCGCACGCUCCGGGCCCGAGGAUCAACUACCCGCCAAGCUGCGUAAAAUCGGCGGUGGCCCGGGCUCUCGGCCGCCCUCGUGCGCGGCGCGCAGCCGGGUCAACGGGGUCAUGGGCAGCAUGAGCGCGGGGGACCUGGCGCAGGCGAGGUCACCCGUGGCCGCCGCGGGACCCGCCGCGUGCUGGGGCGCGGGGUCGCUACCCGAGGACGUGUUCCCCCUGUCCCCGUGCCGGUCGCAAUACGAGUCCCGUGGGCAGCAGCAGCAGCAGCAGCAGCCGCAGCAGCAGAGGUCGCAGCUGCUGCCCUCGGCAGCGGACACCCUGCCGGCCAAGCUGCGCAAGAUGAACGGUUGCUGAGACGGCGCCCCCCGGCCCCGCGCGGGAGACUCGAGGUGCGGGGCGAUCCCGGGCACGGACCGCCGACCGCGAAUAGCCCGCGGACGGCGCGAGAUCCGUCCGCGUGAAUAGAUCCGCGACGAUUCGUGAACGGCCUAGGUGACUCUGCGCGUUCCUAGCAAACGAUGGGAGGUGAGCGUCCAUAGCGGGUUUUUUUUUUAAAAUCGUGAGAUUGUUGACGCGGGUAGCCAUGGCGGGGAUGGCGGUGGGAGGGCAUUACGUUAUUGAGAGGGGGGUGGGGGGAGCGAUCAGCAAAUGGCUCCUGCAAUAAAAAGAGACAGCGGGGGGAUAAGGAUGGCGCUGCCCCCCCCCCCCCUCCUUCCACCAUCCUGUAUCGCCGGGAGGGAGAGCGUGAAGUAGGAGAGCCGAGAGCGCCGUGCAGGGUCUGCGUGCGGCCUGUAUCAUCAUCGCGGGGGGGGGGGGGGGGGGGGGGGGGGGGGGGGGGGGGAGAGCCGGGGGCGCAGUUGUCCCUACACAGGCACAGAGGGAGCCCCACACACACCCCGCCGUCCAGGUGCUCAGGCCUCUUGCGGUGAGGACGGCUGCCCGCUGUGGCCAAUUUCGUUGUAUUCGCUACCAUGCAGCAAUCGAUCCCCCAUCGCCACAGGCGCCCGCAAUUCAGUUCCGCUUCCUUUGUAAACGCGCGGUGCGAUCCGAGUCGAGUGUCGUCUCCAUUGAAAACCCCCCCAAGAAAAACACGGAAGUUUUGUCUUUUGUAUUUGUUCUUUCAUUUUAUUUCGAUCGUUCCGUCGGCGCCCUGACGCGGCGCGGAGCGUCUACUUCUGAUCUCGCGCAGACCGGUGUGCAUCAUUCACAGAAUGGCCCGCAGACCGACGCCUCCGGAUCCUUCCUGGCCACCUCUCUUAUCCACACGCAUUACGUUGCUCUGCACCGUCGUCCCAUGCCCCAUGCACGGGAGAGGCCGCGGCGCCACCAGGCAAGGGCUGCGGGUCCGGUCACGCCGCGUGUCAGAUCACGAGCCUCUCUCGCGCGUCGGGGUCAUCUCUGUGCCACGUGGAGUGCGUUUCUCGCCGAGGAUGUAGAAGGAGGAGGGAAGAGCAGGAGGUGGAGGAGGGGGAGGGAUGAGGGCGGCAACAGUAAUGCUUUAAUUUCGGCCGGGUCUGUGAGGAUCUGCGAUUCUUUACCUGUAUCCGCUCCCGGCACACCACGUCCGCUAUACCUCCCGCUCAGAGUCCCGUGCCCUAUUCAAGUCUGAACAGCGACUCUCAAAACCAACUGAACGAGAAACGAAUCCCCGUGGCAGGAAGCAGCCACGCACCUUGCCGCGUCCCGUUCGAACAGCACCUCGUCCGCUCGCAUCCAGCUCCGAGCGGCCGCAGCUUCUACCCCCCCUCCACCUCUCGCCCCAGCGCCUCUCUGUGUCUCUCUCUCUGUCGUGUCGCGUCAACCCCACGCUGUCGUCUCGCCUCGUGUUUACCUCCCCUCCCCGCUCCGCCCGUCAAUUCGGCGAGGCUGCCGCGAACCCGCGGCACCGUUGCGCAGAGGACGGCGCCGUGGCCGUGAUCGGCAGCUGCCUCCGCGGGUGCUGCGAGUUUUUGCAGAACGCGGCUGUUUGUCGAACCGAUGUUUGUCGAACCGAUGUUUGUCGAACCGAUGUUUGUCGACAUCGCGAAGCUCGUGCCGGCGUCUCCGCAUUGUUCUUUGGGGGGGGGCGGGC